AGAGAGAGAGAGAGCAGACAAACUUUACAUUUCUUUGUUUCCCUGGCUGAAGCGCAUUCUCGGCUCACCUCGGUACCCGCCUCCUCCGUUCAACACACACAUGACUCCCAACAGUCCCCGGUAACGUGGGAGUCGCGAGGCGUUCCGGCUCCAUGAAGGGGAGGCUGAGAUUCUCUUAAAUCUGUUCAUGCCGGAUAAAGUUGCCUGGCAGAAAGGCAGAGGAGGGAGGAUCAAGACCCGACCGUAUAGCUUCGGCUAAAGUUUAAAGUUUUUUUUAACAUAUAUAUAUAUAUAUAUAUAUAUAUAUAUAUAAUUUAUUUAUUAAUUUAUUUUUGGGGUGGGGUGGGGGUGGGGAGGGAAGUCUCCAGAAAUGGGCACCUUGCGCGACCUCCAGUACGCGCUCCAGGAGAAGAUCGAGGAGCUGCGCCAGCGAGACGCGCUCAUCGACGAGCUGGAACUGGAGCUGGACCAGAAGGACGAGCUGAUCCAGAGGCUGCAGAAUGAGCUGGAUAAAUACCGCUCCGUUAUCAAACCGGCCACCCAACAGGUCCACAAGCAGAGCGAGUUGCAGGAGCAGCAGAGGACGAAGAGGCAGGCAAUCUCGGCCGAGCCCACCGCCUUCGACAUCCAGGACCUUAGCCAUGUCACCCUGCCUUUCUACCCCAAAAGCACAGAGUCCAAGAACCUGAUCAAGGAGGCCAUCUUAGACAAUGACUUCAUGAAGAACUUGGAGCUGUCCCAGAUCCAGGAGAUUGUGGACUGCAUGUACCCUGUAGAGUAUGGGAAGGAUAGCUGCAUCAUUAAGGAGGGGGAUGUGGGCUCGUUGGUCUAUGUCAUGGAAGAUGGCAAGGUAGAAGUGACCAAGGAGAGCGUGAAACUCUGCACCAUGGGGCCAGGAAAGGUAUUUGGAGAGCUGGCUAUUCUCUACAACUGCACCAGGACUGCCACUGUCAAGACCCUUACGAACGUCAAGCUCUGGGCCAUCGACCGACAAUGCUUCCAGACAAUCAUGAUGAGGACGGGCCUCAUCAAACACACAGAGUAUAUGGAGUUUCUGAAAAGCGUACCCACAUUCCAUGGCCUGCAGGAGGAUAUUCUGAGCAAGCUAGCGGAUGUCCUUGAGGAGACACACUACGAGGAUGGAGAUUACAUCAUCAGACAGGGAGCCAGGGGAGACACAUUCUUUAUCAUCAGUAAGGGAAAGGUGAAGGUGACCAGGGAGGACAUGCCUAAUGGAGACCUGGUUUACUUACGCAGUCUGGGGAAAGGAGACUGGUUUGGAGAGAAAGCCCUGCAGGGGGAGGACAUCAGGACAGCUAACGUCAUUGCAGCAGAGACUGUCACCUGUCUGGUCAUAGACAGAGAUUCGUUUAAGCACCUGAUUGGAGGCUUGGAGGACGUCUCCAGUAAGGGCCACGAGGAUGCUGAGGCAAAAGCCAAGUAUGAAGCAGAGAAUGCCUUUUUCUUCAACCUCAACCUGGCUGACUUCAACAUCAUCGACACCCUGGGGGUUGGUGGCUUUGGACGUGUUGAGCUAGUUCAGUUGAAGAGUGAUGAGAACAAAACCUUCGCAAUGAAGAUCCUGAAGAAGCGGCACAUUGUCGACACCCGCCAACAGGAACACAUCCGCUCAGAGAAACUCAUCAUGCAGGAGGCCCACUCUGACUUCAUUGUCAGACUCUAUAGAACAUUUAAGGACAGCAAGUACCUCUACAUGUUGAUGGAAGCUUGUCUGGGAGGAGAGCUGUGGACCAUUCUUCGAGACCGGGGUUCAUUUGAGGACUCGACCACCCGGUUCUACACAGCAUGCGUGGUGGAGGCCUUCGCUUAUCUGCAUUCCAAAGGCAUAAUCUACAGAGACCUCAAACCGGAGAACCUUAUACUGGAUCAUAGGGGCUAUGCCAAGCUGGUGGAUUUUGGCUUCGCUAAGAAGAUUGGGUUUGGAAAGAAAACGUGGACCUUCUGUGGGACUCCAGAGUAUGUAGCACCAGAGAUCAUUCUGAACAAGGGCCAUGACAUCUCAGCUGACUACUGGUCUCUGGGAAUCCUGAUGUUUGAACUCUUGACUGGCAGCCCCCCUUUCUCUGGCCCCGAUCCUAUGAAAACCUACAACAUCAUCCUGAGAGGCAUCGACAUGAUUGAAUUUCCAAAGAAGAUUACCAAAAAUGCUGCCAACUUAAUCAAAAAACUAUGCAGGGAUAAUCCUUCUGAAAGACUGGGAAACUUGAAAAAUGGUGUCAAAGACAUCCAAAAGCACAAAUGGUUCGAGGGCUUUAAUUGGGAGGGAUUAAAGAAAGGGACAUUGACAACCCCAAUCAUACCUAAUGUGACAUCAGCAAUCGACACAAGCAACUUUGACAGCUUUCCAGAGGACAAUGAGGACCCGCCUCCUGAUGAUAACUCUGGCUGGGACAUCGAUUUCUAAAAAACGUUGAUGCUAGAAACGAAUCAAAGAAAAAAACAAAACCUUUCUUUUAUUGGCUCGGAGGCCAUGUUCAGGACGUAGCUAUGUUGUAAAAACUGCUUUAAAAAGGAAGAAAAGGAUACAGAACGGAGGAUACGGGGACGGACUACAAGCCCUCCGGGUCACCGAUAUGCCUUCACUACACGUGGCUCUGGAAACAAAGCGUUUAUUAUGGGGUUGCUGUUGCACUUCCUCAGUGUUGACUUUUACACUCACCUCACGAGGCAAAGGACAAGAAAGUGCAGGGAUGCAAACAUGUACGCACACACACACACACACACACACAAAUACAGAAUAUAAUAUGGUGGCAGAUAAUGGAGCCAGGAUUUCCUGUUUUAACAGACAAAGAUAUUAGUGGAUGGGCAAAACCGUGCUUAUCCGUUCUAAAUAUAUUGAUCUGGGAUAACUACUGGCGUUUAAGAUGGGGUGGUGCGUGCGUGCAGAAGGGGAUGGGAACAAGAUUCAAAUUUCUUUUGCUAAAUUUUGUUGCUCUGCAGUGGUCGGUGGGCGGAUGUCCCACCGUGAUGCUCUGUUCCUUCGCCAAGGUGUCUCUAGCCGGUCGGCAUUUGGCACCCAGCCACUAGCUGCAGUGUCAGACGCUCGACGUGGAGGGAAAGAAGAUGUAAAAACACUUUGUUCCGCGAGUCAAAGGUAUCAAGUGCUCAUGACCAACCUGAAUGUCACAGACUUCCUUAGUAUAUUGCUUUGAGAAAUUAAUAUUGGUGUAUGUACUGUAUGUUACGUAGUAUUUCAGUUUACAGUUUACAUUCUGACACGUGCACAUACGAGACUUAAAAUCAAAUGCCCGGUACGCUUCGUCAUAGACUUAGACUUCAAAAGCACAAACACCGUUAUGUGCGUUCAAUUACAAAAUAGGACUCAAGUGCCCUACUUAAAAAAUGUAUUUAAGUCACUCAUGAAUACACCUAAAACCGCUCAGUAUUAUUUGCAGAAGGCGAUGUGUUAUUAUGCACUGGAGACCUGAGAGAUAUCAACAAUGCUAUAAGUAACUCUGAUCUUAGGUAGUAGGAAAUAAAUCUAUUCAGACAGCCUUCAUUUACCUUCAGUGCUUUCAUGUCUUCCGUCACUGGCCGUAGUGUGCUUUAGAUUAUACAAAUGUAUGCUUCUUUACCUAUCCAUAUGUUUUGUUUUCAGAUCAUUCAAAUUUCUCUUCUGAAUCAGACGAGCCAGAAAGUCUCGGAGUCACUCCUGUAAAGCUUUUGACACAUCUUUGAACAUGGUUUCAAUGGCUUUGGUGCUGCUUUUGUCAAACUCUGACGAGGAAAGGUCAGCUGAUGGCACUGGUUAUUGUUACCGUGUAAUAUAGUUGUACUUGGUUACCUUGUGAUCUACUUGAUUUCUCUCUUUGGAAGAUUGGAUAACUGUCAGUUUGUACAUUAAGUGAACAAUUAUCAUACUUGACUUUGACACCUCGUUACAUCGGGCUAAGUGUGACUUCUUAGUUGUUGUUUUUAAACUGGUCUACUUGUUCUUUUUCUUCAAAGGUACAUCCAUGAUCCAUGAAUUUGCCCUCCUCCCACUUCCCUCCUUUGCAACAUUUGACCAUUUCAAUAAUCUAAAGGCUACCUUGAUUUUGGAACAUUUCCAUCAGUACCAUCGUAAAGAAGUUAAAAAGUGAUCUCCUGUAUGACGAAUGAGCGUAGCAGAUAUAUUCUUUGAACAUCCACCCCCAUGUCCACAAGCGCCAUGAUCUCUUAAAUUGUCACUCAGUCCAUCAUCUUGCACAUCAUGUCCAAUAACCAAUCACCAAAGCAUAAAAGUAGAACAAUGUAAGUGCCUUAAAUCUAUGGCAUACAAAUUUAAGAUCACGUCACCUUUUCAAUGCUGCAUGAACAAAUAUUCACCUCAGAACUAUGUGUCUUCUUAUAGAUGGCUGCUUCUCAUCUUUUGUUAUAUCCAAUAAAUACAUUAAUCACAACGGAGAGAAUUUCUAGUCAUUGAAUGGCUCAUGAAGUGUCCAUGAAACAAGUAUUGUUUUAUCUCUAUCAUACCACCAACAGGAACAUUUCACCAAACUGUAAAAUAGCAUAUUACAUUAAAAAAAAUCUAUCAUACUUAAUACAGCUGCAUUGAUAUGCUGGUUUUUUUUCCUGGAUUUUAAUGAACAGCUUUUUUUUCCUGGCCUUACACAAAACACCAUUAAAUGAAACGUCGCAGCUAGUAGUGACCAUCCACCCCUUCGUUUAUAAUUUAAUCCAGUAAAUGAGAGCAAGAAGGACGUGCAGCUGUAAGUAUAGAUAUUUCACCAAUAUAGCAACAGUAUUCUCAUGUAUUCCCAUUGAAUCUCUUAGGAAAUUAUAGUAUUGACCAUAUUCUAUCCUAACCACUAAGAAUUUUACUUUAAUGUAAAAGACUUUUUUUAAUUGAAUCAUUCACUUAAGAAAGACACGUUAAGUAUUUUAUCCUAGGAAAUCAGAAUUAUAGUCAUUCAUUCAUUUCUGCAUAAGAAUGAUCAUGUUUAUAGAUUGCGGGAAAUUAAAAGACAAUAUUAGUGCCGGGUAUAUCUACAUAGAUCCCACUGCAUCAAGGUCAGGACAUCACUUUUUUUUCCAUAUCACUAAUUCAUUUUAUUACUUUGAGUCAUAUGAUGAUUUCCCACUGCUGUACCUGAUAAUUGGCCUUGUGUUUUGGUAUGUUUCUGUUGUAAAUUAUUUUGACGAGUGCCUAGUGUAAAAUUUUUAAAACUAGAGUAAAAAACAAAAAACAA